AUGCUUUCUCUCAAACUUCUCCUCAUUUUUACAGCCGUUACUUUCACUGCGUUGGGAUUCAAAUCCUCUCUCCCAUUGGCCACCACUCACCUCCAUCUCCUAUGGACCUUUUUCCUUCUCUGCUUCACUCCUCCAUACCUCUUCUUUACCCUCAACGCCAUCAUCAUCUCCAUCCUCGUUUCCUCCAAGUUUCACCAAUCCAACAUCCAACCAAAUCAUCCAAUGCUCGACCCGACUAUUCUCGUCUCCAACAACGUCCUCCUUGAUGAUUCACCCACGUCCAAAGAUCAAGAAGUUGAAGAAGCGACGAAACAAAUCGAUCUCGAAAAUUUGCUACCGGAGAUGAUUAAAUCGCCGGAUAAUAUACCGAUGAUCGAUAAACCUCUCGUUUCUUCGAGGUUCAUUAACCGGAAACCUCUUAAGUCCACCCCGGAAGGUGGGAAAGCGUUGAAGGUAGCCGCGAAGCAAAAACGGCACGAGACGUUGGAGAACACGUGGAAGACGAUAACGGAGGGUCGGUCAAUACCGUUAAGUAGACACAUGAAAAAGUAUGACACGUGGCAAAACCGUUAUGACGCGGGCCCACAUCAACUAGAAGAUUCUGUCAGCGAUUUCAACUUGAACAAGAGUGUGAGGCUGAGAAAAGAACCGUCGCUGAGUCAAGACGAGUUGAAUCAACGAGCGGAAGCGUUCAUACGAAACUUCAACCAACAAAUGAGGUUGCAACGAGAAGAAUCAUUAUUAAAUCACUACCAGAACAUGAUUAACCGUGGUGCUAGUUAA